CUGUUUAUCUUGUCCCGAACUGACCUGGUGACUCAGUGAGGGAGAAGCCGGAUUUUAGCUUGGUGCUCUGUAAACUCUGUCAGAAACAGAGAGAAGAGUUCAGAUAUCAGCGCUUUGGAUUCACUCGGGAGCUGCAUCUCCAGCCCAGCUGUGUUUGUAUGAAGAGGAACGCUUACAUGAUGGAGUCUCAUGACACCAGUAGUGUAGGAGGACCCUCCGCCUCAGACUGUGGGAGGGAUGAUCCAGAUGAUGUCCUUCAAAGAGUCUUAGUGAGACACAAAAGCAGCAUGAAGAACAAGUAUGAGAGCUUAUUUGAGGGAAUUAGAACACAAGGCAAUAAAACCCUUCUGAACACACAGCUCUACAUCACAGAGGGUGAGAGUGAAGGAGUGAAUGAAGAACAUGAGGUUUUACAGAUGGAUAAAACUUUCAGGAAAAAAAUACAAGACACCCCAAUCAACUACUCAGAUAUAUUUAAACCUGUAGAAGAUCCUAAAGGAGAAAUGGAAGAACAGAAUAUUAGAUAUGAGAUGGCUAAUACUGCCAGAGAAGAAGAAAGAAAAGAAGAUGGAAAAACAAAAGAGCCCAGAACUGUCCUGACUAAAGGCAUCGCUGGCAUUGGGAAAACUGUGUCUGUGCAGAAGUUCAUUCUGGACUGGGCUGGAGGAAAAGCCAAUCAGGAUGUAGAUUUCAUGUUUGUGCUUCCAUUCCGGGAGCUGAAUCUGAUUAAAGAUGACCAGUUCAGUCUUUAUAGACUUCUGUGUGAUUUCCAUCCUGAGCUUAAAGAUCUGGACCCAAAAAAAUAUGAUUCAUACAAAGUUGUGUUUAUCUUUGAUGGUCUGGAUGAAAGCAGAAUUCCACUGAGUUUUUCACAGAGUAAGAAAGUAUCUGACAUAACAGCAUCUUCAUCAGUGGGGAUGUUGGUGACAAACAUAAUCAAAGGAGAUCUGCUUCCCUCCGCACGCAUCUGGAUAACCACCCGACCAGCAGCAGCCAAUCAGAUCCCUCCUCAGGACAUCAACCGAGUGACAGAAAUUCAGGGAUUCAGUGAUCCACAGAAGGAGGAGUACUUCCAGAAGAAAAUCAGUGACCAAGACCAAGCCAAGAAAAUCAUCUCACACAUUAAGACAGCAAGGAGCCUUCACGUCAUGUGCAACAUUCCAGUCUACUGCUGGAUCUCAGCUACUGUGCUUCAACAAAUGAUAAACCAGAGUGACACAGAAAUACCCAAAACUCUGACUGAAAUGUACAUACACUUCCUGCUCACUCAGACCAAUAUGAAGAAUGAGAAGUAUGAAAGUAAAGUUGAUUGUGAUCCAGUGGAACUUCUGGAAUCUAACAGAGAGAUGAUUCUGAAACUGGCUGAACUGGCUUUCAAACAGCUGAUGGAGGGCAAUGUGAUGUUCUAUGAAGAGGACCUGAGAGAGUGCGGCAUUGAUGUCACUGAGGCUUCAGUGUACUCUGGGAUAUGCACUGAGAUCUUUAAGGAGGAAUCUGUGCUUUACCAGAGGAAGGUCUACUGCUUUGUGCAUCUGAGCUUUCAGGAGUUUCUGGCUGCUUUCUAUGUGUUUUACUGCUAUGUGAGCAAGAACAUGGAGGCACUGCAAUUUUUUUUGCAAUAUGAUUAUGCCAGCAAAGACAUUGAGAGCAUUGAAGACUAUGAGUCUAUUUUCAGUGACUUACUUGAUGUCCCACAGUGUUGGAAUGGUUUAUUGAAAGAACUAUUGACAGAAGCAGUGCGUAAAGCUGUAAAGAGUAAGAAUGGAGACCUGGAUCUUUUCCUCCGUUUCCUGUUGGGCAUCUCACUGGAGUCCAGUCAGAAAGUGCUACAGGGUCUAUUGACAAACACAGAAAGCACCUCAGAGAGCAUCACCGAAACAGUCAAGUACAUUAAACAUCUAAUACAAACAAAGAAUCUUCCUACUGAGAGAGCCAUUAACCUCUUCCUCUGUCUGACUGAAAUGAAUGACCAGUCUCUUUCCAGAGAGAUUCAGGAGUAUCUGAAAUCACAGAAAAACACAGGAACCAAACUCUCUGCUGCUCACUGCUCAGUAAUAGCUUACAUGCUGCAGUUCUCAGAGGAGGUUCUUGAUGAGUUGGGCCCAAAGAAAUUCAACACAUCAGAGGAGGGUUACAGGAGACUGAUUCCAGCUGUGAGCAACUGCAGAAAGGCUCUUCUAACAGGCUGUAAUCUAGAAAAGCGUCACUGUGAAACUCUCUGCUCUGCUCUGAGAUCUACAAACUCCUCCCUGAAAGAGCUGGACCUCAGUAACAACAGCCUGCAGGAUUCAGGAAUGAAGCUGCUUUGUGUUGGUCUGAGGAGUUCAAACUGUGAACUCCAGAUACUGAGACUAUCUGACUGCAAUCUUGGAGAAAAAGCUUGUGAAAAUCUGAAAUCAGUUUUAUUAAUGGAAAACUCCCUGAAGGAACUGGAUCUCAGUAAGAUUGAUUUGCAGGACGCAGAAGUGGAAAAUCUCUCUGCUGGACUGAAGAGCUCACACUGUAAAUUGCAGACACUCAGACUGUCUUUGUGCAAUCUUGGGGCAAAGGCUUUUGAAAAUCUGAGUUCAGUUUUAACAUUGGAGAACUCCACCCUAAAAGAGCUAGACCUCAGUAACAAUGACCUGCAGGAAUCAGGAAUGGAGCUGCUCUCUGUUGGACUGAAGAGUUCACAAUGUGAACUCCAGAUAUUAAGACUGUCUGGCUGCAACAUUAGAGAAAAAGCUUGUGAAAAUCUGAAAUCAGUUUUACUAACAGAAAACUCCUCCCUGAAAGAACUGGACCUCAGUAAUAAUGACUUACAGGACUCAGGAGUGGAAAAGCUCUGUGCUGGACUGAAGAGCUCACAAUGUAAACUGCAGAUACUCAGAUUAUCUGGGUGUAUGGUCACAGAGGUGGGAUGUUCUUCUCUGGCUUCAGCUCUGAGUUUAAACCCUUCACACCUGAAAGAACUGGAUCUGACCUACAACCACCCAGGAGAAUCAGGAGUGAAGCUGCUCUCCGCUAGACUGGAGGAUCCACACUGCUCACUCAACACACUCAGAGUGGAACAUGGAGGAAAGAUAAGAAUCAAACCUGGACUAAAGAAAUAUUCCUGUGAGUUCACUCUGGACCCAAACACACCACUCUCACAUCUCUCUCUGUCUGAUGGGAACAGAAAGGUGACAAAUAUGGGAUACCCACAGCCGUAUCCCGAUCAUCCAGAAAGAUUUGAUUGCUAUGGGCAGGUGUUGUGUAGAGAGAGUGUGACUGGACGCUGUUACUGGGAGGCUGAGAGGAUCACAGGAGAGGUUGAAAUAGCUCUGACAUAUAAAUCCAUCAGCAGGAAAGGAGGCAGUUUUGACACUAGGUUUGGACGGAAUGAAAAGUCCUGGAGGCUGUUCUGCUCUAACAGAUAUGAUGUCCUUCACAAUAGUAACCGAACUGAUGUCAGUGUUUCUCCCUCCAACUGUAAGAGAGUAGGAGUGUAUGUGGACUGUCCGGCCGGCACUCUGUCCUUCUACAGAGUCUCCUCUGAUACACACACACUGACACAUCUAUACACAUUCAACACCACAUUCACUGAACCGCUAUGUGCAGGAUUUACACUUUAUGAUGAUGCUUCACUGUGUGUGUGUGAGAUAGAAUAACCGUGUGUGUGUGAGCGUCUGUAAAUGUGAGAGAUAGAUGGAUCUCCCUUGUGUUUGUGUGUUAGUUUAUAGAAGUUGGUUUAUAUGUACUGGUUUGUUAAUAUUGGUUUGAACAUAGAUUAUAUGUAUAUUAUUGAUUUGUAUAUUUCAGUUUCUGGACAUAUUUAAGGCAGUUAUUCCAUGAAUUGGAUUUUCAAACGUCUAGUUUCGCCACAGUAGUUAGUGUUUAGUUAUGCUACACAAAUAAACAAAUCUUUUCUUCCAUCUAUCCAUGCAAUGUUUCCUGUGCUACCAGCUGCCACACAACCUCAAAACAUAAUUGAUCCACCCUCCAUGCUUGGCGAGAUGUUCUUUUCAUCAAAUGCUCCUCCCUUUUCUCUUCAAACAUGCUUUUGGUGAUUGUGGCCAAAGAGUUUCAGUUUUACUUCAUCAGUCCACAGAAUUUGUUUCCAAAAUGCCUCUAGCUUAGCUGGAUGUUGUUUUGCAGACUUCAAAUGUUGAUUUUGUGACACAGAAGUUCACAGGUGAGGUUUCCUUUUGAUGAUCCAUGCAGGUCAUGUUUGUGCAAGCAAUGCUGCACAAUAGGACAGUGCACUACCACUCCUGUUCUUUUUAUAGGUCUCUCUAUUUUAACUGUUCCAAAAUCUAAGCCAAUGUACACAAACCAAUACAUAUAAACCAGUUUAUAUAUAAACCAACUUGUGUAUGUGUGUGUGUGUGUGUGUGAAUAUAUAUAUAUAUAUAUAUAUAUAUAUAUAUAUAUAUAUAUAUAUAUAUAGUCCCAACAUCAGUGAUAUGCCAAAUAACUGUAGGUACCAUACCAGCCAGUAUGUGUCAGUACCAUCGGAAAUCCUCAAAACAAGCUCCCCCAUUAAAGAAGUAAAAGGGCCGUGUCCAGUUCCACCUGUCCCCAGAUGUUAAAAGACCUCUCACAACUAUUUUUCUUCCUUUCUGGUCCCUCUCUUCACCAAGAGUAGACCUUUAAGAAUCUCUUCUCCGUUUGACCUUUCUCCAUUGUCUGCACCACAUGGGUAGUGAGAAAGAACAAAGAAACAACCAGUAGGUCUAUCUUGAAUUAGAUCAACUAUUUCAAGUUAAUUUACGCAACUAUAACCUGAGCAGCUGAUCACCAUUUAAGAAUACUCUGUCUUGCAAAUGGCAGUCAGUGGCCUCAUAAACUAAAGUGAUGAUGUCCUCUAUUUCAAACUCUGGACAUGACUCUUCUCCUAGAUAAACACCUAAAGGAUCAGCCGCUGCCACCUUUGUUGUAGCAUAAACUACAAUAAAGGAUCAGUUGACCUUAUUAACAUAUAGUUAAGCUCAUUCGCGAAACACCCGCAAACACUACAUCACUAAAAUUGCACCAUUUUCUUAAUCACAAGCAAAUACCUGCUCUCUUUCUCAUUCUCACACAAGCACUAGCUAAAUAGCCAUUUAGCUCAUAUGUACUGUAAAUAUACUGACUGUUGUUGAUUAGGAUAGUUUAAAAUCACAAUGUUUGUCACUUUGUACACGACUGCCUCAGAGCUGUGUACUUUUUUGUGGCUUUUCUCUGUACACUAAUAAGAUAAGAAAAACUUUAUUGUCCAUUAAAUUUGCAUGAAAGGGAAAUUUGUUUUUGGCAAUCUGGCACAUAAAUACAUAGACACAUAAAACACUUACAAACACUUACAGCAAAAGUGCACAUGAACUAUGUAGGGGGUUAUUUAUUAUGUUCUUAUUCAGAAUGCUCACAGCAGUGGGCACAAAUGAUUUUUUGUACUCAUUCUUUCUGGCUAGUGGGACCUAAUGAUUUGGUAUCUCACAGUGAAUUGGUUGAAAUUUUGAAAUAUGCACCAUAAAAGGCCUUAUCACAGAUAAUGAAACUAAUAAUGAGAAUAAUAGUUAUCAGCAGGAGGUGAAUCAAUCUGUAACGUGAUGUACUAAUCUCCAGCUUAUUACAUCAAAAACACUGGAGAUCAUUGUGGAUUAUAGGAGAAACAGAGUGUAAAAACUCCAGUGCAGGUUUUGGGACAGUUGAUUUCUGCUGUAAAAUCUUAAAGAUUUUUGGCAACUCACAUUAGCAAUUCUUUGCAGUGGAGGAUUAUUUCUGAUCAUAUCAACAAAUCUCAGCAAAAGUUGUUCUUUUCGAGACAAUUUAAAAAAUACAAGGUAAAAAGUUGGUUAAAUGGUGGUUAAAUUUUAUUUGUCCAUUAUUGAGAGUGUUCUUACAUCAUAUUUUACAGUUUGGUAUGGAAAUAUAAACCUUUAAACUGAAAAUAAAUUUUCUUAGUAAUCUCUCUC